ACACAGACUGGGGGAGAGUGAAAGACAUGCAGUAGGAGGGGGUGUGAGAGGGAGAUAUAAAAAUUAAGUGAGCUGACAGAACAGAACAGCUCCAGGCUAACUCCUCCAGAGUUGAGUCACUAAUAACCUGAUUCUUUACCACACCACAGGUUAAAAACUGAAGGGAAGAGUCAGACUACCUGAUCUGUAACCAUGAUUGGUGAGUUGAUCAGUGUCGGUGUUCUCCUUCUUGGAGCUGUGUCAUCUCAAUUUUCACCAGAUCCAUCUUCACCUUCCACAUUUAUCUCCGAUGAAGGACCAUGUCGGAUUUACAACUUUGGUCUGUCAGCAGACUGUCAGGGAAGAAAGCUAGAUUUCGUUCCAUGGAGACAACUUCCAGUUACACUUGAAAGCAUUGACCUCUCUUAUAAUGGGCUUCAUGUUAUCAGUGCAGCUGACUUCCAGAACUUUCCUGAGCUUCGCAUCCUUCUACUGCAGUACAACAACAUUUCACACAUUGCCAAUGAGACUUUUAAAAAUAACCCAUUACUGGAGCAUCUCAACAUUUUUAAUAACUCAUUGCAUGAAAUUCCUGCUUCACCUCUGACAUCCCUCCUCAAUCUGAAGGAGCUCUCCAUGUCAAAUAAUCUUUAUAGACAUGCAACUUUAGCAGACAGUUUCUCUAAAUUAGUCAGACUCAAAGUUCUGUCCUUGGGAGGCCCUUUGGUGAUGGGACUAAAGAAAAAUGAUUUUCAGCCCCUAAAAAACAUCCAGUUACAAGUUUUUGCCAUCAAGUGCUCCUCUAAUUUAAGUUACUACGAGCCAGGAAGCUUAGAGGUCAUCCACACAAAACAGAUGGGCUUUGACAUGGCGAUCGAUCAACGACCGAAUGCUCUCCAUCAUAUGCUACGUGAUCUCGCCAACAAGACACUCAGUGCCAUUCAAUUCCGCAACCUGUUUGAAUUCACAUACUACAUGGGUGAUGAAGAUAUUUUCCUGAACUUAAAAGACAUUAGAGCAUUUCAGCUCAUCUUUCACAGAGGCAAGUUCAACGAAAAUCUCCUGAAGAUGGCAUUACUGAACUUACAAGUGACUCCCAUCAAACGGCUUAGACUUCAGUACAUCGACUUUGCCCGUUCACCAACAUUUGUCGACAGUGGAGCAGGUUCUAGCAUAACCAAGCUGAGUCUGGAUAACUUGGAUCUUUGGUAUAUCAGCAAUCCUGAUGUGCUGCGAUUUGACUGGCGCUUCACCUGGUUCAAGAGAAUAAAGCAGCUGUCUAUCCAGUAUGUGUAUUUCAGCAGUGUGCCUUGUGACUCCUGGGCUGAGAUGGAAGGUGUGGAAUUAUUAGAUGUUUCAAACAAUCGGUUAAAUGAUGAUGUUUUCUACAACAAGCGAUGUAAUUACAAAGGGUCCAUGCCAAAUCUUCUCACCUUCAACCUAAGCACCAAUGAGUUGACCAAUCUAGAAGACCUAUCGUCUCUGAUAAAGCACUUCAGGAAGCUGCAGGUACUGGAUCUCAGCAACAACAAACUGGGAUCUGCAGAAGAAAGUCGACACUGUGUUUGGACACAAAAUAUAACUCGUUUCAUUGCACACCACAACUACUUUUCAAGCGAAGCAUUUCACUGUCUACCUACCACUGUUUCUUACUUGGAUCUGUCCGACUGCAACAUGGACCAGCUGGACUUGACCUACUUUAAGAAAGCCACAAACCUAAAAAUUCUGUUACUGAGUGGGAAUAAAAUUAAGUUCAUCCCAUCUAAGUGGGAGUCCCCAUCUCUUCAGUUUUUAGCUUUGGAUGGAAAUUCAUUUGGAUUGAUAAGCAAGGCAUCCUUUCAUCAUAUGCCUCAACUGUCUCAGCUCAGGGCAGGAAACAAUCCUUACCACUGCACUUGUGAGCUUCACGCUUUUGUCCAGGACACCAUCGCAAUUGGAAAGGUCAAUCUCACUGACUGGCCAUUGAAUUACAGAUGCUAUCACCCGGAACCGUUCCUCAAUACCUCAAUAUCCAAAUAUUUUCCUGGUCAAGUAGCGUGUGACAUCAGACUUGUUAUCAUCAUUUCUGUUGCAACCACUGCCGUAGUGAUCUUGAUAUUUGUUCUAAUUUGCUAUAUUUUUGACCUCCCAUGGUACACUAGAGCCACGUAUCAGAUCAUACAAGCCAAAUACAGAGCGCACAAGGAAAAUCUAGCAAGGGACGUUGGGAACUUCAAUUAUCAUGCCUUCAUAUCCUACAGCCACUCAGAUGCUGACUGGGUGAGGGACCAGCUCUUACCCUGUUUGGAGAACAACAAGAACCCCUAUCGUCUGUGUAUUCAUGAGCGGGACUUUAUGCCAGGAAAAUGGAUCAUUGACAACAUAAUUGAGAACAUUGAAAGCAGUCGUAAGGUUAUUUUUGUCCUUUCCCGGCACUUUGUGAACAGUGAAUGGUGCAACUACGAGCUGUACUUUGCUCAGCAGAGAGCGAUGGGAAAGACCUUCAGUGAUGUCAUUCUGGUGCUGAAGGAGCCCAUUGAGCCAAGUUCUUUGCCCAGCAAAUAUUGCAAGCUCAAAAAGAUGCUGCGUACCAAAACAUACCUGGAGUGGCCCCAACAGGUCAACCAGCAGCCAUUUUUCUGGGCACAGCUGAGGAGUGUUUUGGGUAAACCCACAAUGACUCGUGAGGGGACUAACAGCAUCAGGAGUAGAAACUCAUCCGAACGAUUCUCAGGAGAAAGGAUACCAGAAGUAGACAAACAUCUUAAGGGCAACAAAAAAGAAUUUCAAAGUGAAAUUAUUCACAGAACUGAAAUUGAACUACAAGAUCAAAGCAAUUCAAAAUAUCAAAAUAUAAUGCGACUUAUCACAUUUCCACAUUGUCUUUUUGGCAAGUACUUGUCCAUCUUGAUAACAUCAAGUUGAUAGCAGGACCCACCACUUUCUCACUUUGUGGUGAGAGAAAGGUAUAUAAGAAAUCAGUUCUGUUUACAUUUUGAUGGAGAUAAUUUAAAUACAUUCAAAUACUUAAAUGCAGAAUGUGCCUGACUCCAGAGGCUUGUAUGUUACUAGACAUUCAUAAUCCUUACUAUGCAGUGUUGAAGUAAAAUUUUGUACUUGGAAAAGGUUUGUGUGAUGCUUGUUUACAAGAGACUGUUGCUAUUUUGUUUCACUUUUCAAUUUUGUCAAUAAAUAAAAAUAUGAAAGAGUUUUUCUUUAUUUAAAUAAGUGAAACAGUGUAGGGUUGUGGUUUGAAUUCAAGAGCAGUUAAAUUUUAAGACACUGUCCUAAGGAACAAUUUAACAUGUAGAAAACAAAAUUUUUGCCAUGAACUCCUUAUUGUGUCAUAGAACAUCAUUAGAGGUGGGUAGAGUAUAUUGUACUCAUGUAAGACUUGAAUAGGACUAAGGAGUAAGGGAAAAUAGGAAAUAAUAAGGGAAAAUAGAAAAUAAUACCAAUUUACAAAACCAAAAUCAAAUAGACUCAAAAAAAACUGCAUGCAAGAAUAAAGAAACAAAAUACAAAGGAAUUAAUGUAAGACCUAUAAUAUAAGAAUUAAUAUAAGCAUUACUAAUGUUUAUUCUGUAUUGCAACUGUUUUAAAUGUUUUGUUCCCUCUCCAUAACAUGGGAAAAAAUAAUUUACCAGCAAGUAUUUAAAUAUGUUCAUUCCUCUAAUCAUGGUUAACAAAUAGGGUACUGUAGAUUUGGGAAUAUUCGCUAUUUAUUUGCCAAAGUUACCUGGAAGGAACAAAAUAAUCCAGGUGUUUCAAAUCAUCUGUUGCCCCUCCAUAAUGUGGGAAAAUAUUAAUUUACCAGCAAGCCUUUAACUCUGUUUAUUUCUCUCAUCGUGGACAACAAAUUCUGUAGAUUUGGAAAUAUUUGCUCUUUAAUUGCCGAAGCUACCUGGGGGGAACCAAAUAUUUCAGCUGUCUGAAAUAAUCUGUUCCCCGAUGGGAAUGAAAUAUUUACAAUUCAUUUACAAGUAUUUGUAGUUGUUGUCCAGGUUGAGAAGAAUAAGCACAGUUAAAAAUUCAGUUAAACACUGACUCUGUGGACAGGCAAUGCCCCCCAAUGCCUGUCCAUGCCGCCGGGCCUGAGACCAGGUUUAUUUAAUAAUUUACUUUAGGGUUUUGUUGUUGUUGUUUAAACAGCAGCUGUCGAUUAAACUGAAAGUUACAAUCUUAACAUGAUUGAUUACGUGAGUCGUAAGCCCCGUGAAACUGAUUUGGAUCUGGCUGCAGAUUUUCACCGCGGAUUGCACACAAGACCUGUCUCUGUUUUCUGGAUUUUGACUCACUGGCUCCCCCUUGUUGUCAUUUGUACACUUGACCUCCAAAUGCCACAGCAAGUUCAGCAGAUGGAAAAAUAUUGUUUCUCAGUCAGAAAAGUAACUUGUGAUGUGUGAAAUUGCCAGAAAUUGAAUAUGUGUUAUACAAAGAAAAAUAAAUCUAUAAUUCAUAUAUAAUACUAAUCUAGAUCAAAUCCAAUUGCACAACAUUUUAAAGCACUUUCUUCUACUGACAAGCUUCAUGUAGAUAGGGAUUUAAUUUUCCAGCAGGACUUAGCACCUACCCAUACUUGGUAUCAAUGUUUGCUAGAAUAACUGGUACUGGUCAACAAACUGGUCAUACCUGAUAAAAACUGUUGAAAUUAAGAUUAUAUAUUCUUCAGCCUCAAUAACAGACAUUAGCUGAACACUGUUAUUAAAGCAACCUUAGCUCUCUGAAACCCAUCAGCAGAGUUUUUCUUUUUAGUUUUUAUUUAUUUAUGGAAAAACAAUGAACAACUGCAGAUUUAUUGAAUGCAUAUAGAGCAUAUUCUGAUAUGUAUUAAUACUUUAGUUGAUUUAAUACUUGGACAAUACAUGACUUAAAUUGAACUGAAUACUUACAAAAAAUAUCAAGAUAGAAAUAUACCUUACUGUACAUCUUAUUCAGGUUAUUUUUGUAAUAUAAUGUGAUAUGUUAAACCAUUAAAAAAAGGGUAUGUAUAUGUUUCCAUGACUUUUAAGGACAUAGCAGCAAAUGGAAAGCUGCAUAAAUGACCUCACUGGCCGUGUUUGUUUUAACAGCAUUCUUGUUAAGGAUCUCAGCUCCACUGUAGUUUGGUUUUCCUGUUAUAAAAUGAAAAUAUGGAAAUGCAUAUGAAACCUUUACACAGAGGCCAGUGAUGCAAAUACUGAUGCAGAUGCAAAUGUUUAAGGGUUUGAACAGCACCCUGUAUCCUUAAGUGAAGCAUUAAAAGUCGCCUAUGUUGCAAAUUAAAGGAAGCCAUUUGCAAAACAGGACAUAUAAUGAAAUGAGUCAUUUUAUAAAUUGAUGUCAUACUUUAGUAAUUCAUUGAAAAGUUUGCCUUGUGAUUUAAUUUAAGAGAACCCCACUACAAUAAUAUCGGAGCAUAAAUCUUGUUAUAAAAUGAUUAAGAUUAACUCCAAAGGUAAAAUCUCUAAAAUAAACUUGUCUGUGGAUAAAUGUUUUCAUGUUAAGAAAAUUGUAAACAUUUCAAGCAAGGAAAAAAUAACAUUCUAAAUAAUUAUUGCCCUCCAGAAGAGAAGAGCUGCCUCCCAGGCAAAAUAAAAAUAGCCCCAUAUUAUGUUGGACUGGUUCAAUGUGAUAAUGUUCUUGUUCUAACAAUACACUUAUCAUACAAUAUGCUAUCUUAUUACAAGUUAUAAAUAUGUUCAUGAUCAUUCAAUAUAUUUAUAAUGUAAGAAUUUCAUAAUUUUUCACCUUGCAUGGGUCUGAAAAUGUCUCUUGGUUAUUAGAAAUAUAACCCGCCUGAAUGUAGUUCAGGUGGUGUAGUUUGGAGCUUCCUCUGCCCCUCCGGAUCCCAUCGCUACCUCAGUGGGAUCAGACUCAUUGUUCCUCCUGGAAGGCACUGUCUGGUUUAACUUCCUUCUCAGUUUGCACAUGGCUAUCAAGUUGUUCAGCAGCAGCAAAAUUUCUCCAAACAUUAAACAGAAGCAGGAAAGCUUGAAAUAAUCCUUGAGACCAGAUCAUGAUCAUGAUUAUGAUCAUGAAUGUUCAUUUUGGUUCAGAAGCAAGAAAGGGUGUAGCAGCCCCACACCAGGGGCGCAUUUAAAUCCCAGAUGUAAAUCACGCAUAAGAGCAGGAAGCUUGAAAUUCAAUCACUCAAUACUGAUGUUUGCUGAACAAACCUUUGUAAUACCAGACCUUGUUAUAUUGUGUGGUUUGUUUGUAUGUUGUAUCUGUGGGUUGUAUAUUUGUAACAUUAUACAAUCGGUAAAGUCUUUCUGAAGGGCCCAUACCAAAUGUAUGGCCCGCCACUAUUUAUUAUAUGGAGGGUAUAUUGUAAUAACAUAAUAGUACAUUGCACAAAUGUAUAUUUUUAUAAUAAUAAAGCUUUCAAAUUAUAAUAUGA